GGAGAAGAGCGUUUUCGUGGCGGCGCUGUGAUGUGACGCAAAUGGCCCCGCGCCGGAAGUCCCGCUGGGUUGAGUUGGUCGGACUUGCCUGCGUGCCCUGUAGGCUGGUCGGGGAGCCGCCAUGGCGCCGAAAGGAAAGGUAGGAACCAAAGGCAAAAAGCAGAUAUUUGAAGAAAACAAGGAUACCCUCAGGUUCUACCUGCGGAUCAUCUUAGGGGCGAACGCCAUUUACGGAAUUGUCAACCUUGGGAUCUUCUACAUAACAGCUACCAUUUGGACUUGGGUUGCCUUUGUGUUCAGCUUGAUGGUCUAUGGGGCUAGUUACCAAUCAAUGAGGUCAAUGGCAAAGCCUACUUUUGCAGAGGGCGGAAGCCUUGCUGAUGGCGGAAUUGAUCUGAAUAUGGAGCAGGGAAUGGCAGAGCAUCUGAAGGAUACGAUUUUGCUUACUGCCAUUGUCCAAGUGCUCAGUUGUUUUUCCCUCUACAUGUGGUAUUUCUGGCUCUUGGCUCCGGGGCGAGCACUCUAUCUCCUUUGGGUUAACCUCCUGGGUCCUUGGCUCACUGCAGAAUCUCCAGCUGCCAAUCAAGAGCCCAACGAGAAGAAACAGCGUCGGCAAGAACGCCGGCAGAUGAAACGGUUUUAGCUGCGCUCCUGGGCACGAACGCCACGCCACCUUGGGUCUCCCAUGUUUAUCAGGGAUUUGAACCAAUCAGAAAACAUCAGGGGAUUUUUUUUCUCUCUCUCUGCUGGCCAUUGCUCCUCUCCUGACAUCUGUUCAUCCUAAGGCUAUAUGGCUUGCAGUGGGGGGGGAGGCGGCGCGAGGGGAGAGCCCCAAGCAAAUGAUUGCUUUUUUCCACCUUAUGGCAGGGGGAGGGGACUGCGGGAAGAGGGCUGCAGAUGUGUAAAUACUUUUCCAAAAUGAUGCUGUAAUAGGAAUCGGAUGAUGAAGGUCUUUCAGUGUUGGUAGCAACGAUGCAUUAAAAAGACACACGCACAGACAAAACCUUUGCCAUGAGCGCGCUUGCAGUGUG